CGAUAAUUUGGCGACUCGGGUCCAGAGUUGCGAGGGUUUUAAGGCUCCCUAUAAUAACUGACGUGUUUUGUGUCCUUUCCCUCGUGUGGAGCGUGUGGAGUGUGUGGCCGCUGCUCCUCCACCUCCUGCACACACCGGGGAGGAAGAAGAGGACGUGGAGGGAGGAGACAAGCGAGGUGAUGGGGCUAAUUAGCAUUCUUCUCACCUGUCUGUCUGUCUGUGGGGUCGGUGCCUACCUGUAUUAUUACCUGGCGAAGAAGAGGAGGAGGCGUGAGUGGGCGGCAUGUGGGCGUGUGGUUGUUCACUGUCCUCCCCCCGGGGCGCUGACCCCCUGUGUGUCCCCCUUCGCGGUCAAGCUGAUGACGUACCUAAGGAUGGCAGGGAUUCCGUACCAGCUAGACCACACCGAGCCCCUGUGGGAGACCUGGCUCACCCCGUGGAUAACCCUGGAGGGGGGGGAGGAGCUGGGGGACUCUGGGGUCGUGGUGGCGAGGCUGCAGCGGAGGGGGGGGGCGGCGCACCCUUCCUCGGGGCUGUCGGCAUCGAGGUCAGCUGUUGCGAGGGCGAUGAUGGUGAUGGUCGAGGAUCACCUGACUUGGUGUUUACGAGUGUGGCGCAUCAAGGUGGACGCCGGGCGGAACCUGUUUGAAGGCGCCACGAGUCCGCCAUCUUGGUACGUCCGUCUAGGCCUUCCCCUCUAUGUAUGGUUGAGGUCUCGUACCCUUAACCAGCAGGGGAUUGGUCGCCUCCCCCAUGCCAUUGUCCAAAGAGCUGUCUGGGAGGAUCUGAACGCCCUAUCUGGUUAUUUAGGGGACAAGCUGUAUCUGAUGGGACAAGAUAUGAUGGAGGUAGACUGCACAGUGUUCGCCCAAAUGGUUAAUAUCCUCAACAACUAUCAACGGUCUCCUUAUGCUACCAUGCUAAGAGAUGAGUUCCCCAAUCUUGUUCAAUAUGUGGACAGAAUCAAAGGAAAAAUUUGGCCUGAUUGGGAUGACUGCUUGGCCCACUAACCUCCUCCUCCUCAUCCUCCUCUUUCUCUUCCUCUUGUUCCUCUUGUUCCAUGGACGUGAAGGGAAGAGAAGGGAAGGGAAAGGAAAGGGAAGGGAAAGAAAGGGAGGGAA